AUGCAUGUCGCCCCGCCCCACCCCGAGCGCACCCAAGGCACUCACGCUUGCGACCCUGCGACGCCACAGGCCCUGGUGGCACGCCUUGCCGCGAAGCUGAGCCCCAAGCUGCUGGAAGCCGAGUUCCUGGCGCUUGGGGAGGAGGACGCGGCCGCCGUCGCGGCGGCCGCUGCCGCGGGCGGCUUCUCGGCGGCUACCGGCUGCAUGGAGCGCAAUCGCUACUCCGACGUCCUGCCCUUUGACGACCACCGCAUCCGCCUGCGGCGGGAGCCCAGCCCCGGCGGCGCGGGGGCCGUCUCGGACCCGCUGUACAUCAAUGCCUCGCCCCUGGAGGGGGCGCCGGGGGACGUCCCCUGGCACCUCACCCUGGCCCAGGUGCGGGGUUUACCUGACGAGGCCGUUCAGCACCGGGGCCUGAUUCGGGGAAUGGGAUCUGAUUGA